AUGGCCGGAAACUGCUCCUGGGAGGCCCACCCCACCAACUGGAACAAGAUGUGUCCCGGCGUGAGCGAGGCCCCCGAACUCUAUAGCCGCGGUUUCCUGACCAUCGAGCAGAUCACCAUGCUGCCGCCGCCGGCCGUCAUGAACUACAUCUUCCUGCUCCUCUGUCUGUGCGGCCUGGUGGGCAACGGGCUGGUCCUCUGGUUUUUCGGCUUCUCCAUCAAGAGGAGCCCCUUCUCCAUCUACUUUCUGCACCUGGCCAGCGCGGACGUCGGCUACCUCUUUAGUAAGGCUGUGUUCUCCAUUCUGAACACGGGGGGCUUCCUGGGCCCCUUUGCCGACUACGUCCGCGCCGUGUCCCGGAUCGUGGGGCUCUGCAUGGUCCUCACCGGCGUGAGCCUCCUGCCAGCCAUCAGCUCGGAGCGCUGCCUGUCGGUCCUCUUUCCCGCCUGGUACUGGCGCCGUCGGCCCAAGCGCCUGUCGGCCGUGGCGUGCUCCCUGCUCUGGGCCCUGUCGCUGCUGGUCACCUGCGUCCACAACUACUUCUGCGUGUUCCUGGGCCGCCAGGCGUCCGGGGCGGGCUGCAGGCACAUGGACGCCUUCCUGGGCAUCCUGCUCUUCCUGGUCUUCUGCCCGCUCAUGGUGCUGCCCUGCCUAGCGCUCAUCCUGCACGUGGAGUGCCGGGCCCGGCGGCGCCAGCGCUCGGCCAAGCUCAACCACGUCACCCUGGCCGUGGUCUCGGUGUUCCUCGUGUCCUCCAUCUACCUGGGCAUCGACUGGUUCCUCUUCUGGGUCUUCCGGAUCCCGGCGCCCUUCCCCGAGUACGUCACCGACCUGUGCCUCUGCAUCAACAGCUGCGCCAAGCCCGUGGUCUACUUCCUGGCCGGCAGGGACAAGUCGCAGCGCCUGUGGGAGCCUCUCAGGGUGGUCUUCCAGCGGGCCCUGCGGGACGGGGCCGAGCCGGGGGAGGCAGGAGGCGGCACGCCCAACACGGUCACCCUGGAGAUGCAGUGUCCCUCGGGGAACGCCUCCUGA